CAUUGUCGACCAACACAGCGACAAAGCUUUCGUCCGGCUCUUAUCUUUCUCUGAGAAAAAUCUCCAUCUCCUCGCCAGAGUUCCCAACUUCUGAGAAGAUCUUUGACCGGAGGAGAUGCUUCGCAGUUCGUUGGUCGCUUCUUCUUCUUCGAUAUGUCAAGUUCAUCUUCCUGCUUGCCAUUCAAAAUCACCAAAUAAUUCCUCAUACUUCAGGCAGAUGCGAGAUGAAGCUCCAACUAAAAUGAUUUGGAGAGAGGACUGCAGCUUUUCUCGAAAAAGGAGAAUUGAGCUUUGUCCACUAAAGGCUGGUUUUUGGGAUUCCAUCAGAUCUGGCUUUUUGAAGAAUAACAAUACACAAGUUGUUGAAACUCCCACAUCAUUGCUGGAAGAUGAGGAGCCCUUGCCACAAGAAAUAGUACUACUUGAAAGAACUCAAUCUGAUGGUGUAGUAGAGCAGAUAGUUUUUUCUUCAGCUGGAGAUGUUGAUCUGUAUGAUCUUCAAACCUUAUGUGAUAAGGUUGGGUGGCCAAGGAGGCCAUUAUCUAAAGUGGCAGCAUCUUUGAAAAAUAGCUACUUGGUUGCUACUUUGCAUUCAAUAACUAGGCUUCCUGAUGCAGAAGGGACUGAACGAAAGCAACUUAUUGGCAUGGGACGUGCUACUUCAGAUCAUGCUUUUAAUGCCACAAUUUGGGAUGUCCUGGUCGAUCCUUCUUAUCAGGGUCAGGGUCUUGGUAAGGCGCUUGUUGAACAGCUAAUUCGAGCAUUGCUACAAAGAGACAUUGGAAAUAUCACAUUGUUUGCAGAUAGCAAAGUUGUGGAUUUCUACAAGAACUUAGGAUUUGAAGCAGACCCUGAAGGCAUCAAGGGCAUGUUCUGGUUCCCAAGGUUCUAGUUAGUAAUCUCUUGUGAUGUAGUUUAUCAUUUAUGUGGAUUAAUGAAACAGUAGUCAGUCCUUGAUAUUACAAAUGGACCCUGGCUCUUCUAUAUAACUCUUGUAUAUUUAUUCUUAAUAUGAUGUUCUUCUAUGUUCUCUAUUAAA